UAAAGCUUCUUUCCGCUCUCUUACUCAGGCAGGAGCAAGAGGCCCUGGAAUCGCUGGGAGCUUUGGAUCAUCAACGGUAACGAUGACCCCCCUGCUUCUGCUGUGUGUGUCCUUGCCCUUCAUCUCGGCAACUGUAGUAUUCCAGCUUGAAAACCAUGACGACAUGGACGGCACGAUGCGUGUCAGCAUCCCCUUGGAGAUGCCUCUGCGUCCUCUGCUGGGCAGCAAGGUGGUCGUACCCUGUUACUUCCAGGACAACACAGUGAAUGACCCCGGAGCCCCCACCGUCACUCCGCUCUCACACCGCAUCAAAUGGAGCCAUGUCACAAAGGAGAAAGUCACCACGAUCCUGGUGGCGUCUGAGGGGAAAGUCCAGGUGGAGACGGAGUAUCUGGACAGAGUGACGAUGAUCAACUACCCGCUGGUGGCCACCGACGCCACCAUGGAGAUCACAGAGCUGCGGUCCAAAGACUCGGGAACGUACCGCUGCGAGGUGCUGCACGGCAUCGAGGACAACUACGACUCUGUGGACAUUCAGGUUCAGGGUAUUGUGUUCCACUACCGUGCCAUCACCACCCGCUACACCCUGACAUACGAGAAGGCGAAGGCCGCCUGCCUCCAGAACAGCGCCACCAUCGCCACCCCCGCCCAGCUGCAGGCGGCCUACGAUGACGGUUACCACCAGUGUGAUGCUGGAUGGCUCUCUGAUCAGACUGUCAGGUACUGU